GUCCAGUCCUCAGAAGCUCUCAGAUCCUAGAAUCCUGAAGGAACAUUUUCAGAAGAAUUACAGCCAGCUUUUCUGGGGCCUCCCCUCUCUGCACAGCGAAUCUCUGGUGGCUAACGCCUGGGUGUCUGAGAGAUCUUAUACUUUACAGUCUCCUCCUUUCUUGUUCAAUGGCAUUCCCAAUGUCCGCCCAGUUCAAACAGAAACUAUAAUAUCUCCACUGCUUUUCCAGGCCCAGCACCUGUCCCAUCUGAGGCCUGAGUCCCAACCCUUUAUUUCACCCACACCCCAAUUCCAGCUGUCACCUAUGGCUCAGGCGCAGGCUCAGGCCCGUCUUCAAUCCUCUUUCCCAGUCCAAUCUCCUGCUUUUGCAUCCUCGAUUAAUAACUCUGGAGUAGCUUGCCCUGCGUCGCAGAAUAAGGCGCAAGCUCUCACCUUACCUGAAAUGCAGUGCCCUGAAUGGUCUUCUAAACAACUAGAAGGUGGGUUGGCUUUACCCUCUAGGGCCCAAAAACCUCAGGACGUCUGUAGCAUCUCCACUCCUAACCUUCCCCAGGACAGCUUGACAGCAAUUGUUCCUGAGAGCUUUCCAGUCAGUCCUGAACUCCGGAGCAACCUGGGAACGACCCAAGAGUCUCCGGAUCUGAUGCAGCCUCAGGAGAAAUUGCCAGGGACAAGUCAGGCCAGGGGCAAACUCAGACCCUUGCAGUCCUCCAUGUCCACGGGCGAAAGCAGCAAGGACAUACAGAAGGUGACAUUCCAGCUAGAGAGGAAUCCGUGCACACCUCUGGGGCAAAUUCUGGGGCAGACCCCGCAAAAUCUAGCCAGGUGCAUGGAAAGCUUCCCAGGGAACGUUCUGGGGGCAGCCUCUGAGGAGUUGGAAAGAGACUUGAAGAUGUCCUUGAGGAAAGACUCGGAAAGUGAUUUAUUAAGACGCACAGAGAGAAAUUGUAUAAAAAACAUCCUGAAAGCCCAUGUGGGCAUGAAGUUAGGCCAGAUCAAUGAGGGGUUGAUCCCCAUUUGUGUGCGUCGAUCCUGGCUUGCUGUCAACCAGGGUUUUUCUAUGUCCAACACCCACAUGAAUACCAGCAAUCUAGCACCCCUGAAAAGUGGGAGAGCCAGUGUGAACACAUCCCAGGAGCUUUCCUUCCUCCAUCCGUGCACUCAGCAGGUGCUGGGACACCAUAUUGUGAGGUUUUGGGCCAAACACAAGUGGAGCCUACCCCUCAGGGUCCUCAAGCCCAUUAAGCUCUUUAAGCUGGAAAAAGUUUCAUCCUUAUCCCUGACACAGCUUGCUGGUCCCUCCUCAGCCACCUAUGAAUCUAAGUCUAGCUCAAAAGUUGAGAAAGCCGUAUUCCUAAGAGAGUCACCACCCGCAGAUCUGAGAAAGCAGGUGCUGACCAAAGCAUCUGUUCAGACGCCAGACAGUCUUCUGGUGUCUUCACCUACAUUUACACAGUUCCAGACGGCCCCACAAGGGAUCCCAUCUUGGAAUCCCCAUGGGCCCUUGAAGCCUCCUCCAGCUGGACAGGAGGGCAGGUGGCCUUCUAAGCCCCUCACAUGCAGCCUCACAGGCAGCACCCAGCAGAGCGGGAGCGUAGGAGCCCAAUCUUCAAGGACUGGAGAGACCAUGGAGGCAGCGCCACAACCCAGAGUCCCCUUGGGAACCUUUCUGCCGGCAAACCUCCAAGCCACACGUAAGGAUGUGAGUGGUUUAGAGGCUCCAGGGACCAGUAAAGGCUCUCAGCGCCCUAGAAUGUCUGUCUCCCAUGAUCCAGAAGAGCUCUAUCUUAUGGGAGAGGUUGUUAGUGAAUUUGAGCCCAGAAUGGCCACCAAGUCAGAGACCCAGCCUCAAGUUUGUGGCGCCAUUGUGCUCCUUCCAGAUGGUUUUACUGACAUUCCCCUUGCUACAGAGAGUUUGGCUUCUCAAGUACCCCACGGCUGUCUCCAGAGCAUGCCUACCGGGAACAUGCGGGCUUCCCAGGAGCUACGUGACCUUAUGGCAGCCAGAAGGAGCAACCUGGGGCACAAGGAGCCCAAGAACCCGAAAUGUCAAGGCUUAUGCAAGAGCCAGAACCAGAUGUUUACCCCUACUCACAAGAGUGAGAACCCAACGAAGCCCAACUUAGAAAAACAUGAAGAGAGACUUGAAGAACUGAGGACUCCCCAGCGUACCCCAGUCACGAAAACAGAAGAAACCCGACAGGAUGAAGGCCUCCAGCUGUUGCCGUCCAAGAAACAGCCUCCUUCAAUAAGCAACUUCGGAAAAAACAUCAAACAAUUUUUUCAGCGAGUCUUUUCAGUGAAAAAAAGCAAGCCAGCACCAGUCACUGCCAAGAGCCAGAAAAUAGUGAAAAACAAAUCACAUGCGUACAGCAGCUGUGCUGAAGCUGAGGGGCUCAUGGCAGCAGUUGGACAGAUGCUGGAGGAAAAAAUGACACUUUGCCGUGAGCAUCAUGCCUCAAAGGACAAUCAGCACAAACAGGAGUUCCAAGCCCCAGUCUGUGGGUUGCCCUGCAACCACAGGCACGUCUUCCACCCGGAACACAGCAGAAUGCUGGGCUAUGCAGCCAGCAGUCAACAAGCCACUCUCAAGAGCCAGAGUUACCCCAACAGAGAGAGGCACAUCAGAGAUCAACAGCCCUUGAAAAGCGUCCGGUGCAACAAUGAGCAAUGGGGCCGGCGACAUCCCCAACCCUUGCUCCCCAAGAACCCUGUCUCCCCAGUCAGUGCCCCUCAGGGCAGGCUGAAGACACCCGGUGCCUUCAGCCACCGUCCCCACUGUCCAAAGCACUGUCUUCUUUGGGAAGGUAUCUAAUCUGGUCAAUCACAAAUUCUUUUUUCAGCAUUCCCUAGAGAAAAACAAGUCCCCAAGAAAAGAAAUCACUCUAUGUAAAGAAAUAAUAUUUCUCUCAUGUUCUUAUACCCAGAACAUUUAAUGUUCCAUAAUAAAUA